AUGUCGGGGUAUCGGCAAGAUCGCCGCGAGCUCUCAGCCCCAUCCGGCUCCGGACCGGGCAACGCACGGAAUGCGCGGCGCGAUACACGUGAACCUUUGCGCCCCCUGGGUGCAUCGAACGGAAUCGGUGCGCCGGGUGCCCGGCGCCGUGCUUUGGAGCAGAGCCCGGUCACAGCCUUCCUUCGCGACGUGGGGCUUCCACAAUAUGCCGAGGUUCUUCGUGAUCAUGGAUUUGAUGACAUGGAGACGUUGCUUGGCAUCGAGGAGGAGCACAUGCGGGAUGCCGGCAUGCCGUCGGGCCACAUUGUCAAACUCAAGAGGCGACUGCGGGAGUAUGCCGAAGCAUCUGGUGGUACUACGGCAGUGGACCCUCCAACUCAAUCGCUGCCGCGUGGACCUCCAGGAACGACUCUGGCUAUCAAUUCCAAUGCUUUGACGACUGUGCAAAUGAGUUGGCUUCAAGUGAAGCAGUUGGGAACAGACACGGUCGGAGGCCUAUUCUAUAAGAAGUUCUUCCAACUGGAGCCCACAGCGAAGGCUCUGUUCCCCAUGAGCGUACGUUUGCGCUACAAGGAUUGGGACACUGACGAGGAAGAGGGCGAGGAUCCCACGAACUCUCCAGCCUUGCGAAAGUUGUGGGCAAAGUUCGUUACUGUAGUUGGAAGCGCUGUGGCUGGGAUUCAAGACUGCUCCAAACUCGUUCCGAGCUUGCAGCAGUUGGGGAUUCGGCAUGUCGCAUAUGGCUUGAAGCCAGAGUACUUCAAUCUUGCUGGAAAAGUUCUGAUUGAAGUGCUCGCUGAGUGGCUCGGCGAGAGCUUCACCAAAGAAGUGGAGAACGCGUGGGUUAUGGUUUCAGGCUUCAUGGUGGCCACAAUGUUCGCAGGCUUUACUUCAGCUUGCUCGGACAUCCAUGCGAAGGAGUUGCAGCUCGGCUUUCUCAACUCGACCAAGGAUUUAUCGUCAACCCCUGCGUCCACGGUAGGGAGCACCAUCACAGAUGGCGUUUCCAUGACCUCCCGACAAGUGACCCCGGUGGAGAAGGAUGUAGACUAUGGCAAGGAGGCCUAUGAAGUUCCAGAUGAUUUGCCUACAAUACUUACCUCAGAUCGUUUCAGCCAGCUUGAAGAGAAGCUGCAGCAGAGUUCCCCAUUUCCGUAG